AACAGCAAGUUGAUCGACAACUUCCAGCGUGAGAACCAGAAGUGGACGCAGAACAUUCUCCAGAUGGAGGUGUCGAAGUUCCACCGCCAUAUCCAGGACCACCAGGAUAACCUUCAGUUCUACAUUACCGCGUACAACCGAAUAAAGACCGAAACCUCGCGACUCUUGAAGAAGGAGGCGGAUGUCAAGUACUAUGUGGAUUCCAUCGAGGGGUUGGACCGCAUGCGGAUGCGACUUUUGCCGUUGAACGAUGUCCACGAGUCGGAGCGCCUUUCCUACUCGAUCGAUGUUCCCGUGCUUCAGAGUGAGGAGGCGCCUGAUACCCUGAUGGAAACCUUCGAACUCGUCGAGGAGUCUCAGAGCAUCGAGGAGGAUAAAAACAGAAAGGUGCUUCGUAGCUUGGCGGUCGGGGAUAGUAUCACCCACAUCUGGAACAUCUCCCAGAUUCUUGGCCUUUCGGCGGUGGAGGGGUUGUGCAUUCUUGGCAACACCCACUUGUACCUUAUUGACAACUACUUCCACGGGACCAACGGCGAAGUGGUGAACAUUGAGGAUGCCCCUACUGCCUCCAGAGACCCGUACUUGAAGUUGAUCACGGGGAGAGAGUCAGAGGUGCGGGCAGAGACAUCCACUACGCAUCGGGUCCGCUCCUGGAGGCUUGACGAGCUUGCCUCCAUCUCGAAGAAGCAGUUUUUGUUUCGGGACGUGGCUCUAGAGCUCUUCUUUGUGGAUGGCGGAACGGUUUUGCUUACUUGCUUGAACCCCAAGCAGCGGGACUCUGUACACUCGAAGUUGUCCCAAAGUGCGACAGGCAAGGGAUUGAGCGACGACUUGACCGAAGCUUUGAAGUUGGCAGCCUCCUCGGCGGCCGUGGUUGCCGCUAAGCCCUCCUUCUUCUCCUCCAAGAUCAUUUCUGCCUUCAACUCUAUGAACAUCGGGAUCUUUGCGGCCACCAAGAAGUGGAAACGCGGCGAGAUCUCCAACUUAUACUACUUGAUGCUUGUGAACACCCUCGCGGGGCGGACCUGCAACGAUUUGACCCAGUACCCGGUGUUUCCCUGGGUCAUCGCAGACUACACCAGCGACGAGCUCGACCUAGACGACCCCAAAUCGUUCAGAGACCUUUCCAAGCCCAUGGGGGCUCAGUCGGAGGAACGACUAGGAAAGUUCCGCGAGCGCUACGAGGCGUUGGAGAGUUUGGAGGACCGAAACGCCCCACCGUUCCAUUAUGGCACUCACUACUCCUCCUCCAUGAUUGUCACUUCCUACUUGAUCCGCCUUGAGCCGUAUGUGCAGUCGUAUUUGUUGCUACAGGGCGGGCGAUUUGACCACGCUGACCGGUUGUUCUACUCCAUUCCCAAGACCUGGACCUCUGCUUCCCGUGACAACUCCUCCGACGUUCGUGAGCUCAUCCCUGAGUUUUUCUACCUCCCCGAGUUUUUGACCAACGACAACAACUUUGAGUUUGGAAAGUUGCAGUCGGGUGAGACAAUCAACAAUGUGGAACUUCCGCCGUGGGCCAAGGGGGACCCCAAGAUCUUUAUCCGAAAGAACAGGGAGGCUCUUGAAAGCCCUUACGUGUCGCAGAACUUGCACAAAUGGAUUGAUUUAAUAUUCGGGUACAAACAAAACGGACCAGAGGCCAUUGCGAUUGGCAACGUGUUCCACAAUCUCAGCUAUCACGGAGCGGUCAACUUGGACGAUAUUUCCGACGAGAUGCAGAAGAGUGCCAUGACCGGGAUCAUUCACAACUUUGGCCAGACGCCGUUGCAAAUCUUUAAACAGCCGCACUCGGCCAAGGGGGUGCUAGACUCGGUCGAUUGGACCAAGGAAAUCCUAGACGGUCCGUCUUUCACGUUGGAGCUGAAGAGCAAGGAGCCGGUGAGCCAGAUUGAAAUGAGCACAAAGACCAGGGCCUGGAGGGGCAGACCAUUCCUCACCUCGAACAGCGGGGGAGUCCUGAUGAAAAAAGGACCGUCGCCAACUUCGUUGUAUGUUAAUGGCAAGAUCGUUGAAAGCUUCCAUAAUCAGCCGAUCUCUGCCCUCGUGUUUGCAACUGAGAGCUCCUUUUUAACGGGUUCUACCGAUGGAACGAUCCACAUCUGGAAAUACACCAUGGUGGGAGGCGAGACUGAGUUGGAAUUCCAGGAGAUUCUCCGCGGCCAUAUCCGCGGGGUCUGGGAUAUCCAAUGCUCACGGCCGUUCAACAUGGCGUUGAGCGUGGAUGAAGCAGGUGCGGUGCUUCUAUGGGACCUCUCUCGGUACAAGUUUGUAAGA